AUGCCUUUGACUCCCGUUGCCCACUCCGUUCUCUACCUGUUCGAAGCUGCUGCUAUGAACGAGUCACACCCGUUAACCUGCCCUCCCUGGACAAGCAACGUGUGGAGGGAGCUUUUUGGGCUGUUUCCUCUAAAGGGUAGUGAGGACUAUUACGAUGCUGAGAUUGAUGUAGUUGGCGACAGUGACCCACAGUUGGAUUCAAGCAAGGAACUGGGCCUCACCAUGCCCGAGUCUUCAAUUGCCUUGAUCACCGAAAAUUGCCGGAAGGCACUUGGGCUCCAUGAGCGUCAGGCUGCAGAACGCUUCCUGCAAUAUUUCUGGGAUACCUGGAAGGCGGAUUAUGUGAGGAAGAUACCAAUCCGCGAGACAAUCAAGUCCACUACUCGAGGCGAGAAAGGUGGCCCGGACCCUUAUGGGUAUGCUGCGUAUCGCAACCUGGUAUUGGCUGCAAUCAACAGGAAGGGCGGCGUCAUGAAUCAAGUGGAGGAGACUUUGGGAAAGAUUGGGGCUACUCCUGCCGAUCUCUGGAAGGAUGACAGAAGCUUAAACAGGGAACGUCCAGCUACCAAGCGUGUUCUUGAGCAUCAGGUGCCUAUAGCUGACACCCAUGCAAGGCUGGAAGAACGAGAUGUGCAAGCAGCUUUGGCUCGAGCCCUAUUUGGCGAUGCAGGGGUCAGCAGUCGUGGGACUGUUGUCCCAGAGCUGAUCCCUACAAUUUGUUGCUUUGCACAGCGCAAGUAUGAGAACCUUGCGCGGAGCUUAAAGCGUAAGGUAACCACAUCAUGUGCUAGAAUGCAAAAGGUCGACAGUAAACUGGAAGAUGCUCAAAGGCUCAGAUCCCCCAAGGCAUUGCGUGACGCAACAAGGGCUUUGACUGAUUGGCGGAAGAUAGCAAUAGGGACAAAGGAGGUUGAUGAGCUUCACUUCCUGUCCAGGGAACGUACGCUGAAGCAGUUAUGGUCAAGUCUUGGGUUUGGAAGUCUUGAGGAUGAUCUGACGGCGUCAAAAUCUAAAAGCAAGUCAACUCAAGAUGGUCCAAGCAAAGAAGAAAUGCAGGCUGCCUAUGCUUACUAUGUUGAGGAGUACUGCUAUGGAGUUGGCUGUCUUGACAAGUCCGAGCUUCCUAUCCCUACAGUUGGUGUCUCUGGUCUCCACAGUUUGGUGGAUGGGUGCAAGGAUAUUGGGGUAUUGCAUCUCAAGUCCUUGUCCACGGAGGCUUUGUGGGCCCAGCUAGGACUGCCAGGUGUGGAUCAGUUCCCGUUUGCAGAGCCUGGCACUGGUGAAAGUGCCAAAGACAUGGCUCCACUGGCCAAAACUCGUGCGGUGCCGUUUUGGCAUCAAGUGGUAGGCACUCUCAGAAUCUUGGAAGGCGCUUUCACACAGAGAGUGGGCGAUUGCGCCCAACCAACUUUACUGUGCAACAAUGUUGGACUUGGAAAGACGGUGCAAAUCAUUGGGGUCAUUAGCAUGAUCCAACAUUACUAUAAGCAACAGGAACUGCCAGCCAAAGAGCGUCUUGCAACACCCAUGUUUAUCCAAGAGCAAAGCUCGCCAUACUUUGCAGGCCAAAAGACCAUACCAAAUUUGCCAUCAAUUGUCAUUACUCCGCGGACACUUGGCAAUCAAUGGAUGGAGCAAUGGAAGAAGUUUACCCAGCUUGGUAGUUUUGUUCCUGUCCGGUACUCAGUUGAGAGCGGCACCCUUGAGAGCUUCUGCAGUGACCCAACAGGUCCAUACCGCGCUGCAGCUGGACGAGACUUGGAGCAUGCAGGGCAAGUGGUUAUCAUUGCAGACCUAUUGGCUAUUGCAAAGGAAGCAAAACGGUGCUUACAGCUCCCUCCUGCAUUCAAGGGUAAAGAUGCAAGGGAGUACGAAGCUAAGGGAGAGACACCUGCUUUCAAGGCAGGGAUCAGCAAUGCAGGCUCACUCUUUGGAAUGCGCUUUCGGGUGGCAGCUGUGGACGAGAUACACAAUCUCCGAAACAGCAGUCACACUCAACGAGGGGUUCAGCUCAUUACUCAGUCCUCGUCCUUGGUGAUUGGAGCAACUGCCACACCAUUGUUUACGUUGCUCAAAUGCCUGCUUGCUCUUGGACAAAACCUGCGCUACCAGCCAUUGCUUGGUGAGCAAGGAGUUCAGGUCUGGAACGAGAUGCAGGAAAUGCUGUCAACUGGUAAUGAAAGUUGGAGGCUUACAAGCACAGCGGUGAUUCAAGCCACAGUAGAAAGGGAGCUUCAAGCGGCACUUUCACCCGGCAAAAUUCCCUUGUACGACCCCCGCGCUGCUAAGAUCAAGGAAGAACUGGAAAGCAAGUACCAGGCUGAGGACCAGCGGAGCAUCCUCCAUAUGAUUCAUGUCUCAAAGCAGCCACUAAACAUGUUGCGCUUGCUUCUUCUCCCCAUCAUGAUUUGUCGCACAAAUGAGUCCUUAGACUAUUUGGGCAGACAAAUCUUGGAUCUCCCGUUUGUACAGAAGUUCAUUGCUUGGGCACCCAUGAAUGAAGAAGAGAAAGAAAUGCAACGGGUCAUCAAUCAAGAGCACACACAGCAGAAGAGCAAAAAAACAAAACUGGCGCAAAAGGCUAAGGCUGCCAAGAGACAAAAAAGAAAGCGAGCGCAGGACAAUGUGGGUGACAAUGGGGAUGAGGAUGUAGAUGAGAAUGCAUGGAAUGGGUCUCAGGCACAGGGGGAGGUGGAACGGAGUGAUUGCAAGAAUGUCAGGUGGCAUAACUUCCUGAUAGAACAGAAGUUUGCUGGCAUGCUGGCUAAGCUGGGAGCGCUACGGCUGGAAGAGCAGGCUCAGGAGCUUGAUCGUGGUACCUUGACAAACAAAGUCACCAACGACUGGACAGUGGAGAAUCUGCCCCAGAAGAUGUCCACAAGGAUGCAAUGUGUCAUGGGACUGAUUGAGUGGUUCUGGAUCGGCAACCCCAAACCCGUUGCAUUGCUUGAGGAUGGUACGCUAGAUAAAGCAAGGCUUGUUCAAGAACCUUUGCCCAGCAAGAAGCCGCGGAAGUUUCUCAUAUACGUGGAAUUUCAGCAGCACCAAGCGCUCAUUGCAAAGAUGCUCACUCUCAAAGAAAAAGACUAUGUGACGUACAACGGCUCUAUGGCUACCACCAAGGGUCAACGGUCUGUUGAGAAGUUUGCCAACGACCCAUCAUGCCGAAUCAUGAUCAUCAGCAAUGUAGGCUCAGCUGGUCUCAACUUGGUGGAAGCCUCAGUUGUGAUCAUUGUAAGCAGUGUUUGGUCUGGGCUUGAGCUUGACCAAAUCAUGGGUCGCGUUGAUCGCCCUGGGCAGCUGCGAGAUGUAGCUGUAUACAACAUCAUGGCGCCAGAGGGAAUUGAUCUGGCCCUGAAUGUUUACGCAGAUAGUAAGGCACAGCUCUCUAACCAUUUCCUGAGCUUGCAAAAAACCUUGCAAACUGUGUACUCGGAAAUUGCUCAGCCACACUCCAAUGAUCACGAUGAGCUUGACUUGGAGGAGAUCCCUGCAGUCUCUUCAACAAAGGGUACAAAACCAUCCACUUCCAAAGCUGGGCCACGCAAGAGAAAAAGCCAAAAUGAACAAUGCUCUCAAGAUGCAAAUGCUGUUCAAAAGCUAGCCCUAGCCAAGGCACUGGGAUCACAGGUUUCUGGUGCUCCCUCAAGCAAUUUAGUCCCUACGACACAGAGCAUGCAACCUCUUCCAACAUCAUCAACAGGAAGCACAGAACAAACUGAUGAGUUGUUGAUAUCCCAGGGUGUACCUACCACUACACCAAAUGCCAUUGGUGCCCGGACAAUGGUGGCCAGUAGUCAACAAAAGACUAAGUUCCAUGCAAAAAAGGCAAGACUUGGUCACUCUUCUUCUGACCCGUCAUUGGUGGCUGCGGCAACAGCACAGCCAAGUCAGCCUUUAUCUGCGACAGGGCCAAUAUUGGUGCCAGCCAAGAAGCGCACAGCACCGUCCAUGGAUCCACCAAGCAGCAUGCCAACACGUACAGAUCCAGCUGCCAGUGGUAGCUCUUCAAGACAAGCACCAAUUGUUCCCAGGCCAUCUGGAAGUGCGCAGCCAAGAGCAGCUACUGCUACACCGGAGCAGCUGUUGCAAUUACAGCCUGGGUCUAGCUCCACAGCACCUACUACAUCUGGGCACUCAGUAGUCACAGGAGGUGGAAGCUCACAGAGGAAGGUGUUCCAUCUGAAAGCAUCAAAACUCUCAGCUAGUAAUCACUCUGUUGACGCAAAAAAGUAA